AUGAUCAACAAAGAGGGUCUCGAUAAGAUAACCAGUUCUAAAAUCCGAGCCCAUCUGACUUCUACAUUUAAUCAAAGUUUCGAUGAUUAUCGCAAAGAGGUGGACUUACUGACAAAGCAGGUCAUAGAAAGAAGAGAAAAGCGCGUUGCACAGGCGCCAUCGGAACCGGGUGAUACUGAGGAGAAUCAGAGUCCGGAAAAGUCUGCUGCAGCCGAUGCUGCCUCUGACAAGCGAAGGAGCGUUACCCUGCAUGCAACGGCUGUGGUAUUGACGAAGCAGAGCAUCGCCGGACAAAGAAGAAACGACGUCUUGAAGAAGAAAAGCGUUUGA